AAAAUUUUAUCGAUGAAAUUUGGUUUAAUUUAGUUUACACCUCUGUUGAUUUCUUUCAAUUAUAAAAUAAAUUCAUUAAUCAUUUACAUUUCCACCUCUAAAAGGUUCACAUUUAAAACACAAAUCAACUAAUUGUUUGGGAUCUUCUUUUUUGAUUGUUCGUGAAAAUGUUUACUAAAGUUAAUUUUGUGAUUAUCUGUGUCACCUUUUCUUGUUUCACCGUUAAUUCAAUUAACGGUGAUUGUCCAAAAAAAGGUACUGUAGGAGGUAAAAAAGUUCCCGAUAUUUUAUCACUCAACAAAGAUCAGAAAGGUUACUCAGCCACCAUUGAGAUAAUCACUCCCGAAGAGGAAUCUAUCAUGAUCACCGAAACUUACAACGGUGCUAAGCUUUAUGGUACUUUUGAUAUCGAUUGGGUGGACGAGGGUCGAACUCGAAGUCAUUACUAUUAUCAGGCAACCAAGGAAAGCUAUAUAGUUGAGCCCGAAGAUUGUCCGGCAAGUGAACUUACAACUGAAGUAAAGUAUAAUAUUAUCAAUGAUUGGAUUAGUCCUGAAGCGGCUAAGGAUGAGCUUGAUUUGUUUGGUUCAUUGGACAUUCUCGGUCCCUCUGUGCUUAUGACUUAUGCUGCAAGUGUCAGUGAUAAAGCUCAAUGGCUUGGAUCUGAUAGGAUUGAUGGUCGAACUGUCAAUCAUUGGUUCCAUUGCUUGAGCGACGAGAUUAACCUUGAUUGGUGGUUCGAAGCUUCAAACAAUUUACCAUUUAGAUUUUCAUUAAGCUCAGCUAAAAAUUUAACCGAUCCUCAUGUUUACAAUUUCCUCAUCUUUACUCCAGUAGCAAAUACGGUUAACGAUGUAGUUCAAUAUCCAAUUGGCUAUGGUUGCUAUCGUCAGGCCAAAGAUCAACCUAAGUUACCGUCGUUUUUGAAUAGUGAAAUGUUUUCACUUGAUGCUGAAGCCAUGAUAAUGUACAAUAAUCCUGAUCAAGUUUUACUUUCCUCCCUUCGGAUGAUGAAAUAUCAAGAUACUUAUUCAUUUGAGAUCAGCGAUGGUCCAAAUACAACUCGAAUCAUUCAAAAUCCUGCCCACAUGGGAAGAUAUAUAGUAAACACUGAAACUGGUGAAUGUAAAGCUCAAGAUUUAGAUUAUGAGGAAAUAUUUGUUGGUGAUUUAGCUGUUACAUGGCCACUUCACAAACAGGUUAGUUUCAAUUUACUAAAAUCCAUAAUGGACAUAAGUGGACAAUGGUCAAAUUAUAUGGGACAAGUUACCACUGAUGGUGGACUUAUGGAUGUAUGGGAAGAUGAUCUGACUUCAUUUUUCUCAGAUGAUAACUACAUGGAUGCCUCUGUAACCUACUAUUUCCCAGUAAUUGACAGAACUAAAAAACCUAAUCAAGCCCCAGCGAAAAUAAUAAUCAAGCCUCACAACGAACAGUACAUUUCAAUGUCAUAUCCCGUUCCGAACCAAAUUGAGAUUGUCUUUAUCGAUUAUACUGAAUCAGAGUUUGAUCUUUCCGAUCGUUUUGAUGUAUCAGGUUGUUUCGAUGGCCCCGGUGAAUUUACCUGGUUCCAAAUUGUCAUGUCCGAUGCUUCAUCAGGAACAAAUACCAAAGAUUUGACCAACAUACGAACUUAUUUUGAACAAACUUUGGAAAAAUUCAUUCCCAAGAUUCGUAUACCUGAGGUUGUCGUUAAUCUUUACGAUUUCAAUUACUAUAUUACUGCCAAACUAUUGGAACGACCUCCAUUCAUAUUCCAUUAUUCAACAACAGAACAAUACAAAAUCGAAAAUCCAACUUCCAUCUUAAUUAGAGACCAUGUAGAAGAUUGUGGCGAAGUUUGUACCAACAAUCCAAAUUGUAAAGAGUUUUCAUAUUGUAGCGAUUUAAAUUGUCAAAUUUUCGUUUCCACGGUAACUUAUUCAUCAGUAGUCACAGAUGAUAAAUGUUCCUGGUACCAAAAGCGAACCUACGAUGCUCCCGAAUCCGCCAUCGAUCGAAACAUUUUAGCCUCUACUCGAAACAUUUUAUCCCAAAUCAAGGCUAAAGUAAAUUCUGGUGAAUUCGUAUUGUCCAAAUAUUCAUUAUCGGCGGAAGAUAUGUUCGUUGUCAGUGGACCUGAAGAGAUUGGUGGAGUUGCAGAGGAGUUCGAUGAUUCUUCUCCCCUGAAGGGUGAUGAAUACAGUGUUAUUGUUUCUGAUUCGCGUUUAUCUUCUGGGGAAACUGUUGAUUCUGUUAGUUAUUCAGAUUGUCUUAAACUGUGUCAAAAUGAUGAUGACUGUUAUUCACUUUCAUAUUGUUUCAAUCAACACAAAGAGUGUGUUCUAAGUACCGAAUCGAAAGCCAAUUUGACCAAAUCUCUGUCCGAUAAAACUUCACAUGCUGAUAGUUGUGACGUUUUCGAAAAAUCGUUCAUUGCCUUUUAUCGUAAAUUCCCUGGACAAAGUCUCGUAAAAGACGCAAUUGCUACUAUUCCAAACAUCGAUGAAUCUGAAUGUGCUCGUCGAUGCUACGAAUCAACUGAAUUCCCUUGUAAAUCAUUUGACAUUUGUAGUUCGACCUCAGAAUCAAAGACUGAAUGUUUCCUUCACCAAUUCCAUGCCGUUGAGGACACAGCUCAUGAGAUUAAAGAUGCCGUUUGGGACUUUAGUAAAUCGACAUGUGACCAUUAUGCAGUGAGAUUAUCUCGAGAUUACACCCAUUAUGUUGGUCGUCAAUAUAAACAAGGUUCCGUUAAAAUACUCAAAGAGAUAAGUGAUGUUAGUCUUGAAAGAUGCGCUUCUGAUUGUAAUUCUGACGAUGGAAAUUGUAAUUCAUUUGAAUAUUGCGAAUCAUCAACAAAUGGACAAAACUUACGAGUGACCUGUCGUCUCUCAUCAUCAAGCUCAGACAACUUCGUUACGGCAGAUUCAACAAGUACAGCUUGUUCAGUUUAUCUAAAUAAGGCCAAAAUUGCGCAAAACUCGAAAGUCGUCAAAGGUUCAGAUCAUUUUGGUGUCGCUAUGGGUUUAGGUUCAUUUUUCUUCGUUGUCGCAUUUGCUGCAGGUAUCGUUGGCUCAAUUUACUACAAAAAGCGAUUCUCAUAAAAUAAUCUUCUAACUAAAGUUGACAAAAAUUUGACGAAAAUCAAGAAGUUUUUCUCAAUAGUAUUAAUUAAGAACCAAAAAAACUUAUUCAUCAUUUCAUAAUUAAAAUUAUAUUCUCAUCUUAAUUUUACUUUUUAUAUGGAAUAAAAAAUUGAUCUUUGAUUGUUAUUUUUCUGGAA